GACUCAUCUGCUUCCAAUAAAAACUCGUAUGAUCUGAGUCGUACAAAGUCAUUCCGUGUUGAGCCGAAGAAUCACAGAAUUUUUCGUGCUUCUGAUCUAGUCCAGGGAAAACUCUUAGGAAAAGGGUUUUUCGGCCAAGUGUUUCAGGUGACCCACAAAGAAACGGGCGAAGUAAUGGUUAUGAAAGAACUUUAUCGUGUUGAUGAAGAAGCUCAAAAGAAUUUUCUAAAAGAAGUAGCAGUACUUCGAUCACUGUGCCAUGAAAAUGUACUCCAUUUUAUUGGUGUCUUAUAUAAAGACAAGAAAUUGCACCUAGUCACAGAGUACAUCAGUGGUGGUACAUUAAAAGAAAUUAUUCAUGAUCUUAAUCAAACUUUGCCAUGGACUCAGCGAGUAAGCUUUGCUAGAGAUAUUGCAUCUGGAAUGGUAAGCCUACUUUGUUUUCUCUUUUGUAUUUUGAAAACUCUUAUGACUUAAAUAUAACUAAUUUGUGUUAUAAAUUAUUUUUUUUUGUAACUAAGGCAGCUA